AUGCACCCUUCCGUUAACGAAGCCUUCCCCUUCUCCACCUUUGUCAAUCCCGACACCGACACCAGCACCAGCACCAACACCAAUACCAAUACCAACACCAAUACCAAUACCAACAUCAACACCCACACCAACGCUAGCCACCAUCGAGCAUCCUCCUCCACCGACCCCAUAACUGCCGGUAGCCCUUCCGAGAAUAGUCGGAACGAACCCGACAUCUUCGGCCAUCUCCACAAACCCGGCCCCUCCUGCUCCUCCCAGGAGAAUGGCCAGUCCUCCGAUUCUGGGAACGCCUCUUCCCAGACGGGCCGCGACCAUGUCUCGGGCUAUCUCGAAGAUCAGCGAACUAAGAAACGCCGGACCGGUCCCAGCCCAAGGGGUGUAGCAAACUUAACGCCAGAGCAGCUCGCCAAGAAGAGAGCAAACGACCGGGAGGCGCAAAGGGCCAUCCGCGAACGCACUAAGAAUCAGAUCGAGGCCCUCGAGAGGCGGAUACGCGAGUUAACUUCACAACAACCGUAUCAGGAACUCCAGGCCGCUAUACGGGCCAAGGAGGCCAUCGAGGCUGAGAAUGCCGAGAUUAAAGGCCGGCUGGCCUCUGUCUUAUCCCUAAUACAACCCAUAUUAUCUAAUCAACAAGUCGAUGGAGCUUAUGCAUCUCCUAUCCCUACUAUCACGCCAGCUCAGACCGCGCAGCGUUCGCCCUCGGUUCCUACUAGUUACAAUGAUUCGACACCCAUGAGCGCUACGUCUCCUUCCGCAGCAGACACGCCAUCCCAGGCACAAUCACAAACUCAUCCAAGUCCACAUUUUACCCAGGUGAUGCUGAACCAGCAACGACAUGAUCUAUUUCAUAACCUAGAUCUCGGUGCCGGUGAGCAGCUCAAGCUUGAUUUUCUGCUUGAUCCCUCGCAUCGUGUGAAUAGGAUGCAAACUGGUGUCAACGGGGCACAAGACACGCCGGGAUAUCAGCAUCUUCCUACGAAAUAUGAUUGGAACGUCGGCUUGCCCCCGUCCACUCGGAACCAUGCGACCGUCAACAGCGGACCGCGCCAACACCGCCAACAUCGCAUAGAGUACGCGCCGCGGAAUGUAUUCCAACCGGUUGAGUCGUCUUGGGUUGGCAACUCGGCCCCUAUCAAGAACGGCCCGUCGACCUGUCCUCUAGAUAGCCUGCUUCUUGAGUUCCUACAAGAGAGACGUCAACGGGCCGCAGAGGGCGUCCCUACGCGGGACAUAAUCGGUCCGAGAUAUCCCUCCGUCUCAUCGCUACUCAACCCAGCCAACAGCGUAUUCUCUCACCCGCUGUCCAAGGUCUUCACAGACAUAUUGGCGGCCUUUCCAGGGAUAAGCGGGCUUCCGGAGCGCGUAGCUGUCCUCUAUUACAUGUUUCUCGUCAUGCGGUGGCAAGUUAGCCCUACGCAAGAGAACUACGACCUCUUACCCCCUUUUGCCCUCCCCACCCCGGCACAGCUACAAGUUACCCACCCGGCGUGGAUAGACCACCUCCCCUUCCCGCACAUGCGGGAGAUGCUCGCAAAGGAGUAUAACCCCGUCGAGUUUCUAUUCGAUAACUUUUUCAUUCCCUUCACAACCACCGUCUCCCUCAAUUGGCCGUAUGAGGCCACAGACACGCUACUCCAGAGCCCGGACGGUAACGAACUGCUGAUCAACCCCGUGUUCGAACGUCAUCUGAGGAGAUUCGAGAACUGGACGCUGGGAGAGUCUUUCGAUAAGGCGUUCCCUCGUCUCAGGGGCACGUAUAAUCUCAAAAUAUGUACUGGCGCCCCGAGGGAUAUGGUGGAUAGCCAGUUUAGCGGUGGGUGA